AUGGAAAACUUAAUAAGUGAAAUAAUUUCAAAAAAUAUAUUAAAUUUUAUAUUAAUAGAUACAAGUACAUCAAGUGAAAAUCAAGAAGAGUUAAAUAAAAGUAAAGCUGCCGCUAUUGAAUUUAUUAAAAAUGAACCAAAUGACUCUGAUUAUAUUGUAAUUCAUUAUUUUGAUAAUCCUGUUGUUGUAUCUGAAUCAAAUAAAACCAAGGCAAUUGAAGAAAUCCAAAAAAUUGUUUUUUCUGGAAGUAACUCAAAUUUAAACUCUGCAUUACUUUUUGUUCAACAAAAAAUAGACUCUAUUUUUAAUAAAGAAAUUUCAAUUGUUUUGUUUUCAAAUGGACCAUGCACUGAUGACCCCAAAGCAACCAUAACAAGUAUCAUGAAUAGGGGUAUCAAUUUUUGUUGUAUUACAACCAAAAAUGAAGCUUUGGUUACAUUAGCACCAUUAUCUACAAAUAUCAGUUUCCAUGUAUAUGAAAACUCAUCCAAAUUAACCGAAUAUAUAAAAGAAAUUACAAAAAACAAGAUUGAAAUACCUGUUUUACAUAAAAUUUCAGUAGCCAAUAGAACAAUUCAAUGUUCCAAAGAUGAUCUUUCAAUUUCUUUUAAAAUUUUCACAAACACUAACGAACUUGCUUUCGAAGAAAAUGAAAUCGAAAUUGAAAUUUUAACAAAUGACUACUAUUACGGCCAAAAAGUUAUAGUGCCAAACAAAGUUGAUUACAGUACUCCAUAUACAGCAAAUCUUGUUUUAAGGGUUGCAAAUAACUCAUCAAAAUACGAUUUACCUUCAAAAAUCUAUUUCAAAAUCAAGGUUAAAGAACAAGUUUUCGAUGGAUUCUUUACUCUCGAUUUAGUAUGGUUCGCAGGUGACUUUGAAACUUUUAAACCAAUCAACAUUUGGGUUGAAGGACUUAUGGGAAAUGGUAAAUCAUCUGUAUUAAAUAUGUUGCUCAAUCUAUUCACAUCGAAACCACAAAUCUACAAUUAUUUCAUCUCCUCGAAUUUCCAAAACCAUGUGACCAAAAAAAUCACAUUCAACAAAAUUGCAAACAUUUUAGAUGUUUUCAAAGCAAGAGCAAGUACAUGGUUACCACUAUAUGACACAAUCAAAGAUAAAAUUAAAAUUUCACUUGUCGAUAAACCAGGUAUUACAAAUACAGAUGCAAAUAUUAACUAUUUAUUAGCAUCAAAAGGUGCUUAUUAUAACAAUACACUUAAAGAUCAAAUGGUAGCUAAUGUUGAAGAGAAAAAAGAAUACGAAUGCCAUGCUGUCAUUUUUGUAGUAUCACUUGCUGAAAUUGUUGCAAAUAAAACCGAAAUGGAAUUAAUUAAAAAAAAAACUGAAGAAGUUAUAGAUAAAGUAAACAUCCAACCAAUUUUAGCAGUAACUUUUAGCGAUAAUUUCAAUGAAACUGAAUUAGAAGCCGCUAAAAGACAACUCAGUCAAUCUGGUUUAAAUGUAGCAAAAGAAAAUAUUUUCUUUGUUCACCCAUAUAUCAAUAAUGAAACAAAGAGAAACAUUCAAAAAGACAUAGAAGCAUUCAAACUUUUAACCUGUGCUGUAGAUGUUGGAAUUCAAACACAAUUCCAAAAAGAAAUGGAUUCAAAUGACACCAAAAAGAGCCAUUUAGUUGGCGAGGAUAACAAGUAUCCACCUACUUUGAACGGUGCCUCAGCAUCAAGCCUAUCAAAUGAACCUGCUACCACUGUUACAAAGAAAUCCUUCAUCAUAACUAUUACUCAUGAAGGCAAAGAUUUUAAAUUUAAAAUUCCUCAAAAAUACAAGGUUACAGAUCUUUAUGGUAUGGCUAAAAGUAAAUUUAGUAUAAAAGAAGAUUUCUCUUUAAAUGACGAAGAUGAAGUAGAAUUAGUUGGGGAGUUUCCUUUAGAUGAAGUAAUUUUCGAAGAAGAAUCUAGAUUAACAGUUAAUAUUAAAAAUUAA